AUGGAGCAGACAUAUGAUCGACACAACAAGAAAUUGUUAUCGCUCAUUUCAAUUCAACAACCCAGGGCAAAACAAAUGACCAGCAAUGACAGGAGGAAUGAUAAUAAACCAAGACAAACAGCCAUUCAUAAUCAACUGAAUAUAGUUAAAAACAUAUCAACAAAGGAACUUUCAACGGAGGAACUGCAAUUAUUAAAUAAAGGUCUCAAUUUUUCUUUGAAACCCCUAAAAACACCGAUCAUUGACAUCAUCGCCGACGUAGAAACAACCAUCAAAAGAGCUCCAGAAAGUGUAAAGCACCAGAUCAGGAGAAACGUUUUACCCAUCCUACGACCAGAGGAAAAAGAAAUCAACCAUCAUAUAACUCAUCACAAAGCUGUAAAAUCGCUUACGGAAAAAGGAGUCACGAUCACCAAGGCAGAUAAAGGUAAUGCUGUUGUUGUUUUAGAUAAAGAAGAUUACAUUCGACGGAUGGAAAAACUAUUACGGGAAGGACCAUAUGAACGUGUCGAGAAGGAUCCACUCCAAAAGAAUAUCAAAGAGGUAAAAGAGGUGAUCAAACAAUGUCAGGCGCUGAUUGGAAGCAGAGAUCGUUUGAAGUUACAAUCAUCAAACCCACUAACUUCUAGAUUGUACGGAUUGCCGAAAAUUCACAAGGAAGGAGAUGGUAUGCGGCCCAUUGUAUCCGGGAUCAACUCACCAACAUACAAGAUCGCGAAAUGGCUUGUGUCAGAAUUUAAUAAAUUCAACAAGCCGACAGGUGAUAGUGUCUUGAAUUCUAUGGAACUCAUAGAAAAACUUAAGGGUGUAAAUUUAGUAGAUGGGGAUAAGUUUGUAUCUUUUGACGUAACGGCCCUUUUUCCUAGUGUGCCAAUUAAUAAAGCGUUGGACCACCUGGAGGAAUGGUUGACGGAGAACAAUGUGCCUGAACUGGAAAGAGGAGAAUAUCUCCAAUUAACCAGAUUAUGCAUGGAACAAACUUAUUUCCAAUUUAAUGAAAAAUUUUAUAAGCAGGUACAUGGAACCAGUAUGGGCAACCCAUUGAGCCCUUUUUUAGCAAACAUAUUCAUGUCAAGAUUGGAAAGGAAUUUAAAACAAGCAGCGGAGUAUUUCCCACAACAUUGGUAUCGUUAUGUAGAUGACAUAUUUACAAUUAUAGAUACUAAGAAAACGAGCGUACACGAUUUUUUGGAAUUUUUGAAUAAAGCGGAACCCAGCAUCAAAUUCACCGUGGAAGAGGAGCAGGAUGAAAAAUUACCAUUUAUGGAUCUCGAAAUAGCGAUAAGUUGGCGUUCAACAUUUACAGGAAACCGACAAAUGUUAACAACAUACCCAUUAUCAACAACAAACUAUAAGAAGGAAUUGGAUUACAUAAAAAAUGUGGCGGUACUCAACGGAUAUUCAACGAACGUAAUUGACCAAUUAUUGAAAAAGGCGAAAUGGCGGAAGUCCCUUAAAGAAACAACAACAUUGUCAACGGAAGAACCAGUCCUAAGAACAUCAUUGACCUUUUAUGGCAAAAAAACCAGCCAAGUAUCGGAGGCCAUGCAAAAAUAUAACACAAACCUACAAGUGGCAUAUACAUCGAAAGGGAAAUUGAGGUCAAUGUUAUGUAAUACGAAGGAUCGUAUUCCAAACAACAAAAAGUCAGGUAUAUAUAGAGUUGAUUGCGCAGAUUGCUCGAAAGGUUAUAUUGGCCAAACAGUCCGUUCCCUUAGCGUACGCUACAAAGAGCAUAUAGCGCAUUUUAACAAUAAAAGGAAGGAAAAGUCAUCAGUGGCAUCACACGCCAUGGAAACGGGACAUCAGAUCGGUGAGAUAAAGUUGUUAAAAUUAGUCAACAUUCCAUCGAAACUUGAUGCCUACGAAAGUUUGUACAUCAACAGAAUGGGAAAGAACGCUUUGAAUAGCGACAAAGGUCCAGUACCAUUCUCUGACCUGUACAGCCUAUGUGUAGAUGCCAGCCAAUCAACAAAGGUCGGCCAGCCAUUGGAUUCAAAUAAAAGAACCAAUCAAGGGCCGGUACCUCAACGAACGAAGCAUAUAAGACAAGCGAAAAUCACCAAAUUUUUAACAGUUAACUAG